AUCGCAGGCUCCUCGUGUGUGAGAGACUCCAGUGCUCCUCAAGCUACAGUGGAAUAAAUCACACGGGGUCACUAUGUUGGGGAUCAGCUUGUGUUUGAGUGUCGCCGUCCACUUCGCCGUGUCUCAGGAAACCGAAGUUCAGGAGCCUGUCACAUAUACGUGCACUGAAGGUUAUGAAUUUGACUAUGAAAAACAAAGCUGUAAAGAUAUAGAUGAGUGCAAGACACUGCAGGAAGCCUGCAAAGGGGGCAUGAAAUGCGUCAACCAUUUUGGUGGCUACCUCUGCCUUCCCCACAACGCUCGGAUAAUCAUCAGUAACGGCGAGGAUGAGCCCACUACCCCCCCGCCAGUGGAAAGAGUAGAAGUUCAGCCCGGCUUAUCCCCCAUCUCCAGGGGAGAUUACUCAAGAGUCAUUCAUAGCUCAACACAUACACUCCAGUGUAGCGUGGGUUUCAUGCCGGACUCUCAGAACUACUGCAGAGAUGUGAAUGAAUGUCUAACUGCAAGCCCCUGCCAACAUCAGUGCUACAAUCUGAUUGGCUCUUUCAUCUGCCAAUGUGAAGUCGGAUAUGAACUGGCUUCAGACUCAGUCUCCUGCCAAGAUAUCAAUGAGUGUGAAUUCUCAAACUACAUCUGCCAGUUCCAGUGUGUGAAUCAGCCCGGCGGAUACCAGUGUGUGUGUCCUGAUGGAUACCAGCUCCAAGGGACGCGGAUGUGCCAAGAUAUAAACGAGUGUGAAACAGCACACAACUGCAGAGAAGAUGAAAUGUGUUGGAAUUACUAUGGAGGGUUCCGUUGCUAUCCCAGAAACCCCUGCCGUGAGCCAUACGUCAAAACAGGCGAAGGACGCUGUAGGUGCCAGUCACCAAGUGUUUGCCGAGGACUGCCGCCUGUCAUUGUCUACAAGUACAUGAGCAUCUUUUCCGAACGCUCAGUGCCUGCGGAUAUCUUCCAGAUUCAAGCUACCAGUGUCUACCCCAACAUGGUAAACACCUUCACCAUCAAAUCCGGCAACGAGGGAGGAGAAUUCUACCUGAGGCGCUCCAGUAAUGUAAGCGCCAUGUUGGUGAUGACCAAACCUUUGACUGGACCUAGAGAACAUGUUGUGGACCUGGAGAUGGUCACCCAGAGUAAUGUCUUGAGCUACCGUUCCAGCUCACUGCUGAGACUCACCAUUAUUGUGGGUCCAUACCCUUUCUAAAUCAUCUAGAUCGACCAAAUCAGCACCUUGGUUUUAUGCGUGUAUUGCAGCUUACAAUGUUUAAAAUGUUCAACACAGCAUGGCUACCUGGUUGUGGUCUAGAUCAGUGUUUCUUAACUGGUUGGUUGAGACCCAAAAAUGUGUCAGAAACCAGUUUUAAAUCAACCAAUAGAUAUUAAUGGUUGAUUUUAAAGUUUUAUGCGAGUUCACGUUUUUAUGAUGAAACUUUUGUAUAAUAAAUUUUGAUACUGUGUUGGGUUGCCAUUUAAUGUCCAUUGUAAAAUGUAGGUCUUGAAACAAAACUGGCUGAGAACCACUGGUCUAGAUAGUUGCAUAUUCACUGGGUUUCAAACAGGAAUUGGUUUAUUAAUCAUAAAAUGUAGGUUGUCUGGUUUACUGAAGUUUUCAUGUAACUUGUACUUUGGAAAAUGAAAGACAAGGUCAGAGAGGGUGACAUGAAGACCAAGAAAUAUCUGAAAAACAACACAGCUGGGUACCAGAAGGAAACACAGUCGCUCAAGUUUCAUUCUGAAUAGCACUUACAGGUUAUUCUUUGUUUGGGUAGCAGGAGGUCUUUUAAAUGGAUAGUUCAUCCAAAAAUUGGGUCGAUCAUUAUUUACCUAUCUUAUGUUGUUGUAAACUCAUAUGACUUUCUUUCUGUAAAACACAGAAGGUGAAGUUUAACAAAAUGUCAUGUUGCUCGUUUCCAUACAAUAAACAUCAAUGGAGGAAAAAACUCUGGAGCGCCAAAAAUUACAAGACACCAUAAAAAUAGUCCAUACGACUCUACAGCUAUAUUGUGAAUCUUCAAAUUACUUCAAAAAACGUUAUUCACUGAAAAUACUCCCUUCUAUCACAACGCUUGAAUCUUUCACAUGUCUUCAAAUUGGUGUCACAAUUGCUUACGACUAAUUCAAUGUCCACCAACCAUAAAUUUUGGUCUGUUAGGGACCAAUUACGAAGAACGCAGUUUUACAGGAAGUGGAAUAGGAAAAAUGCAAGGUCUUGAGAUGUGUUUUUAAAAAGUUGAAUGUCUUUUCACUUGUUUUUUUUUUUCACAGUGCACAAGACGUUGCAAAAUACACAAGCGCAAUGGUCAAAGAUGUCUGUUUCGCACGUUUACAUAGAAAACCAAUGGAAAAUCAGCGCACUGGAAUUCAAAAACACAUUCUGUAUGAACAUGGUGUGGCUUCAAAAAAUUACUU